UAUACCUAAUUUAAAAAAAUUAUUAUGUAGUCAUUUAUAUUACACAAAUCAAUAUAUGUGUAGAUCAAGUUUAAAGAAAUUUUACAAAUAUCAAACAAUAUUUUAUUGUCGUUACAAUGAACAAUCGAAAAUAAAUGCACAAUAUAAUUCAUUUAAUAAUCUACAUGAUAAUAAAAAUAAAACUGAAGAAAUAAAAAAUUUUACACAGGAAUACAAAAAAGAUAUAAUAAAUUCUAAUAACUAUAUGAUUACAGAAAAAGAUAUUGAAAAAUUACAUCCAAAUCCUGUAAAUGAUCUUACAAAUAUUUAUAAGAUUGUAACUAAAGAAUUUAACGAGCAAUAUAUAUUAUAUACAUAUACAAAAUUAGCAGAAAUGAAAACGAAAUGUGUCAUUCAAGUUACAUGGCCUUACAAAACAUCCUUUUCCAGUGUAGCAUCUAAAAAAAAAACAGCUGCUAAAAAUGCAGCAUUACAAUGUUUAAAUUGGUUAUAUGAAUAUAAGAAGAUUAAAGGAUCGAAACCUAUAUUAUAUGAUCAUCAAAAUGAGAAUAAUUUAUUAAAUUCUCAAAAAUAUCUCAGUAUUGAUCUUACAUCAGAUUUAAAAAUUGAAAUAAAAUCUCUAAUUGAUAUCUUUGAUAAAGAAAUGAAAUCUAUAACAACAGUGCCAUGUACUAUUAAAAAUAAUGAAGAUAAUUUGGAAAAAGUAGUAGAAGCUGAUGUAAAUGCCAAUUCUUUAGAUUUCAAUCAAAUGCAUUAUAAUCAAUUUAGAAAAAAUUCUAAAAAAAGAAAGGAUCAAAAUAAAGAUUUGCCUAUUAUUAAUUAUAAGGAAGAAAUUCUUAAUAGUUUACAAAAUAAUCAAGUUUUGGUGAUUAAAGGAGAUACUGGAUGUGGCAAAAGUACCCAAAUUCCACAAUUUAUAUUAGAUGCAUAUAAAGAACACAAUAAAAUAUGUGAAUGUAAUAUAAUUGUGACUGAACCUCGUAGAAUAUCAACUAUUUCUUUGGCUCAUCGUGUUGCAUGGGAAAGAAAUGAAAAUAUAGGCAAUACAGUAGGUUAUCAUGUACGAUUUGAAAAAAAAAUACCACAAGUUCAAUAUGGUUCAAUUUUAUAUUGCACAACUGGUAUAUUUUUGCAAAAAUUAAAGUAUGAUCGUACUUUAAAAAAAAUAUCACAUAUAAUUAUAGAUGAAGCUCAUGACAGAAGUUUACAAACUGAUAUAUUAUUGAAAUUACUUAAAGAUAUAUUGAAACAUAAUUCACAUAAAAAACUUAUAAUUAUGUCUGCAAGUAUAAAUGCAGAAAUAUUUCAACAAUAUUUUUCCUCUACACUUAUUAAUAUUCCUGGAAAAUUAUAUGAUGUAGAUAUGCAUUUUAUUGAUGACAUUCAUCUUUUUGAUGAUUCAUUAAAUUUAAAUGAUCUAAUGAAAACAGAAAUUCCUUUUGACAAAAUAGUAAAUUUAAUAAUAUGGAUUAUUACAAAUAAACCACCUGGAGCUAUUUUAUGUUUUCUCCCAGGUUGGCAAGAAAUUAAGUAUUUGCAUGAUAUGCUUCAAAACACAGAAAUGAAAAAUUUAUUGAUAUUACCUCUUCAUUCUAAAAUACCUAAUCAUAUUCAGAAAAAAGCUUUUAAACCAGCUCCUAAUAAUUUUACAAAGAUUAUUUUAGCUACAGAUAUAGCUGAAAGUGGUAUUACAAUUCAAGAUAUAAAAUAUGUUAUAGAUACUGCUAUUAAGAGAGAAGUACAAUGGAAUGAACAAAAAUCUUUAUUUAAUUUAAAUUUUAGUCGCAUAUCACAAGCUAAUAUUUUUCAGAGGAAAGGAAGAGCUGGACGUGUACAAUCUGGUGAAAGUUAUCAUUUAAUUACUCGAAGUGAAUACAAUAAAUUAGAUUUAUACCCAAAACCAGAGAUACUUAAGCUCCCAUUGGAUGAAGCAAUUAUCAUCAGUAAAACAUUAAGUGAUGAGAAAAUAUAUGAUUUCUUUAAUAGUAUGAUUGAUUCACCUAAUGAAUCUACAAUAAUUUCUACUGUGAAUACUUUAAAAAAUCUUGGUAUUCUCGAUGAUGAUGAAAAUCUUACAAGUUUAGGAAAAUAUGUUUCAUAUAUUUCAUUAACUCCAAAACUAAGUAAAGCAAUAAUAUUGUCUUGCAUUUUUCAAUGUUUAAAUCCUAUACUAUUAAUUGCCACAGCAUUUUCUACCAUUAACCAUCAUGUUUCAUUAGAUCAAAUAUCAAAUAUACAUACAAUUUCUAAGAAAAAAAAAUUGGAGUAUCAUAAAACGAGUGAUCAUAUAGCUGUAUUAAAAUAUCUUAAUGAUAUUUUAAAGAAAGAUAAAGAUAAUUCAUCAUUUUCUUUUAUUUAUAAUUAUGAUAAAAUAAUUCAAACAAUAAAAUUGAUACAACAAUUAUGUCUAAUACAUAUAAAUGAACUUAUAAACUGCAAAAUGAUUCCAUCUACAUUUGAUUUUAAUUAUUUAAAUAUAAAUGCUAAAAAUAAUGAAUUAAUUCGAGCGAUUUUAUUUGCCGCUACAAAUAAUUUGAUAAAAAGAAAUGCUUAUGGUUAUAAAAAAAAAUAUUUUACACAUCAAGCAAAUGUUUUAACAAUGGAAAAUAACAAAAUUGUUAAAAUUAAGAAUGAAAGUGUAAAUUAUAAUCGAAAAGAAUGGCCAAGUGAUUUAUUAACUUAUAUUGAUAAAAUGGAUUAUACUACGAGAUAUUCUUGUAUGAUUUCUGAUACGAGCAUGAUAUCACCAUUAUCAGUUCUAUUAUUUAGUCAGAAUGAUGUUCAAUGUGAAAAAAUACAAAAUGAAGUUUCUACAGAAGAAGAAAAAAUUAUUAUUACUAUAAAUGAUAUAAAGAAUAUAAAUUUGAUUUGUGAAUCAGAGACUGCAGAUCUAUUAUUAAAAUUUCGAAAUAUAUUAUGGAAUGUUGUAGAUUAUAUAAUUAAAUAUGAAGGCACAGAUGAAAAUAAUUUAAAAUCAGUUAAAUUAUUCAAAGAUCAUCUAAUGGUUUUAAUUUUAAAAAUAUUGAAAGAAUCGUCAAGAGAUAUUGAUGUAUUUAAGGAAAAUGAAGAUAUUAUUGAAUAAUGAAAAAAUUUAAAUUAAUAAAAAUCAAAUAUUUUUAAAAACAAAAAGUACAUUGAAGCGUGCGCUUCUAAUAUUUUAUUACAAGAAACAAAGUGUGAGGAAUAAUCCUUAUUGUUUUGCUUUUAAUUGUUUAAUAAUUUAAUACAUUUUAUUCUUGCAUAUAGAAUUAUAAUAAAUUAAUGAAAUAACAAAAGGAGAUAUAUAUAUAUUAAAAUUUAUCAUAUUAUAAAUAUAAAAUAUGUAUGAAUCUAUUUUGAUAAUAACAAAUACAGUACGAAAAAUGAUACGUUUCCACGUCAUAUGGUAUUAUUAAAUAAAGCGUAAUAUUUUGU